AAACACCAAGGAAGAAGGAGAAGAGGCAGAAUAAGGAGAGAAGCGAGUGCGUGAAUGAGAACUGUGUUGUGUCCUCGAGCGGAAGCGACAGAAGUGUGCACUAAACCCAGAGCCGCAGCUCGAUGGGGACAUGAAGUCGCUCCGCUGCUUCUGCGUCUGUUCUCUGCUUCUGCUGAAAGUGUCCACGGGAUUUGGAGAUCUGAGGCGUCCUGAGAACGUCAGCAUGGACUCGCUCAACACCCGUUAUGUGCUGCGGUGGGACUGGCCUCAUGAGACCGCCAUCAACCAGACCGUCACCUUCACUGCACAGUAUAUACUGGAGUAUCAGUCCCGGAAGGCCAGUAAUGAGAAGAAAUGGAGAUUGGUGUGUGUCAAUGUUUUGGAGCAUCACUGUGAUUUCACUGGAGCUAUACUGCAUUACAAAAUCUCUUUUCUGCUGCGUGUGCGGGCCAACACAAAACAGCAGUCCUCCAGCUGGGUCCAGAUCAGUUUCUGUCCUGAGGAUCAUGCUGCUUUAGGUCCUCCCUCCAGCGUGAAGCUGAGCCCGGUUAAAGGAGAUCUAGAGAUCAUCAUCACCGAUCCUCUGAGCAGCACUAACCAGUCCAUGAAAACUUUGCUAGAAGACAAGUUGAGCUACCUCAUCCAGUACUGGAGACGCUCUGAAGAGCCUCAGAAGGCUAAAGUUCUGGAGACGAAGAACAAUCUGGUAAUGUUGACUGAGCUGUACAGACAGACGUGGUACUGUGUGAGAGUUCAGAGCCGUGAUGUCUUGCAUAACAAGAGCAGUGUCUUCAGCGACACACAGUGCACACACACUGAAGGUCAGAUGCCGUACUGGGAGACAUUUCUGUACGUCCUGAUCGGUCUGCUGUUGUUCUUCCUGCUGUUGUACUUCUGCUUUUACAAGAUGUUCACGCUCCUCAAGAACACCUUCUACCCAGCCAUUCAACUCCCGGAUCACAUUCAGGAGCUGUUGUUCAGUGAGUCCGAGAAGCCGCAGCUGCUGUCUCCAGAGUAUCCAGAGUCUGUGUGUGUGCCGCUGGUCUUGGUCAGGACUGAGCUGGACGCAGUGGCAGUGGAUGAGCAAUCAAACGCUGGAGAACAGGACUCCAGUACACACAGCCGACACAGCAGUGGAGACUCAGGCGUUUACUCCACAGAGGAGGACUCCAGUCACAGAUCCUCCACACACACUGACCUACAGAUGAGCAGCCAAAAGCACAGAGAAAAGCUGCAUGAUGGGACGCUGCUGGAGCUCUGUGCUUGAGACAACAGGACUCUGGCUUUUUGCAGCUUCGCCUUUUCUCUCUUCCAACAUCUGUCCACUUAUUGUGUACAUUUAGCCAUAUUUGUCAUAUCUGUGUGUUAACACAGAUAUUUCUUAUGAUUCUUAUAGAAUCUUAAUUCAUUAUUGUCAUUUGAUGUCUUUCUUCGUUAGCUUUAACAACAGCAGGGUUUAAAAGAGAAUUAACUGUCAUCCGUUAGUUGACCGUUUCGUUUGAUUAUUUCCUCAAUCUCCUCUCCAUGUAAGAUUCAACAAAGAGAACAAAAACAAAUUGUGAACCCUUUUGAGCCAAAGACCACGAUAAAACAAACAACAUUAAGUUAGUUUGAAUUGCAUUGAGGCAUUUUUCCAAUUUGCACUUUUUUACUAAAUGCACACAAAAUUCAAACAAUUUGACCAGUAACAACAAACUAGUCAAAAUCAGAGCUUUAUUGCCAAGAAUACUUGCGCAUACAAGGAAUUUGUUUUAGUGACAUAAGCUAAAACAAUUCAUGAUUCUAGUACACAGAGACAACAACACACGCACACACAAAUAAGUGUAUAAACAAUUGUGCUAUAAAUGAUAAUGGAAUGGGAUUGAGUAAGAUGCAGGAAUGUUCUAGGAUGGAGGGUUAACAAAUAAAUAUAAGGAUAUUGCACGUUUAUAAGCAUAAGUGGGGAACAUUUAACUGUUCAUGAGGUAGAUUGCCUGGGGGAAGAAACUGUUCUUGUGCCUUGCUGUUCUGGUGUUUGCGGCUCUGAUGGCAAAAGUUCAAAGAUGGGGUAACUUUGAUUUUAGGGAUCAAGAGUGAUUUUCUGAGCCCUUUUCCUCACUCUGGAUGUAUACAGUUCUUGAAGGGUGGGCAGGGGAGCACCUAUAAUCCUUUCAGCAGUCCGAACAGUUCUCUGUAGUCUUCUGAUGUCUGAUUUUGUUGCUGAACCAAACCAGACAGUUAUUGAAGUACACAGUACAGACUCAAUGACGGCUGAGUAGAACUGUUUCAGCAGCUCCUGUGGCAAGUUAAACUUCCUCAGCUGGCGAAGGAAAUACAACCUUUGCGGGGCCUUUUUAACAAUGGAGUCAAUGUGAUUGUCCCACUUCAGGUCCUGAGAGAUGGUGGUUCCCAGGAAUCUGAAUGACUCCACUGCAGUCACAGGGCUGUUCAUGAUGCUGAGUGGGGGGAGUGCAGGGGGGUUUCUCCUAAAGUCCACGAUCAUCUCCACUGUUUUGAGCGUGUUCAGCUCCAGGUUGUUAAGACUGCACCAGACAGCCAGCUGCUCAACCUCUUGUCUGUAAACAGACUCAUCACCGUCCUGGAUGAGGCCGAUGACUGUAGUGUCGUCUGCAAACUUCAGGAGCUUGACAGAGGGGUCUUUAGAGGUGCAGUCGUUGGUGUACAGGGAGAACAGCAGAGGGGAGAGAACACAUCCCUGAGGGGCGCCAGUGUUGGGGGAGCAGCUGUUUGAUGUGAAUUUCCCCAGUCUCACUAACUGUUGCCUAUCUGUCAGAAAGCUGGUGAUCCACCGACAGAUAGAGCUAAGAACAGAGAGCUGGGUCAGUUUGGUCUGGAGGGUUUUUGGGAUGAUGGUGUUGAAAGCCGAACUAAAGUCCACAAACAGGAUCCUCACAUAAGUCCCUGUUUUGUCCAGAUGUUGCAGGAUGAAGUGCAAUCCUAAGUUGAUUGUAUCAUCCACGGAUCUGUUUGCUCGGUAAGCAAACUGCAGGGGGUCCAGUAAGGGUCCAGUGAUGUCCUUCAGAUAAUCCAGAACCAGUUUUUCAAACGACUUCAUGACGACAGACGUUAGAGCCACAGGUCUGUAGUCGUUAAUUCCUGUUAUUUUGGGUUUCUUUGGGAUGGGGAUGAUGGUGGAGCGUUUGAAGCAGGAAGGCACUUCACACAACUCCAGGGAUCUGUUGAAGAUCUGUGAAAAGAUGGGGGCCAGCUGGUCAGCACAGGUUUUCAGACAGGCUGGUGUAACACCAUCUGGGCCUGGUGCUUUUCUUAAUUUUGUUCUUCCUAAAGACCUGGCGCACAUCAUCUUCACAGAUUUGAAGAGCAGGAGGUGUGGAGGGUGGGAUUGCAGGAUGUGUUAAUGGUUGUGUAGGGAGAUGGUCAGAAUGGGUGAUGGGGGUUUCAAAUCUGCAAUAAAACUCAUUCAGGUCGUUAGCAAGUCGUUGAUUAGCCUCAGUGCAAGGGGAUGGUGUCUUGUAGUUCGUGAUGGCCCUCAGUCCUCUCCACACUGAAGUUGAGUUGUUGGAAGUAAACUGGUCUUCCAACUUUUUAGCGUAGGUCUUUUUAGCCGCUCUGAUCUCUUUGUUCAGUGUGUUCCUGGCCUGAUUGUACAAGACCCUUUCCCCAUUUCUGUAGACAUCCUCUUUGGCCUGACGAAGAUGUCUGAGUUUUACUGUAAACCAUGGCUUAUCAUUGUUGAAUGUUAAAUAAGUCCUGGUAGGAAUGGAUAUAUCCUCACAGAAACUAAUAUAGUAUGUUAGAGUCUCUGUGAGUUCGUCCAGAUCGGUGGUAGCAGCUUCAAAAACACUCCAAUCAGUGAUGUCGAAACAAGAUUGUAAAUCCUGCUCUGCUUCACUGGUCCAUCUCUUCACAGUCCUUACUACAUGUUUAGCAGAUUUAAGUUUUUGCUUGUAUGACGGUAUAAGAUGAACCAUACAGUGAUCGGAACGUCCCAAAGCUGCUCGUGAAACGGAGUGAUAUCAUCCUUUAUUGUGGUGUAACAGUGAUCCAAUAUAUUACUGUCUCUGGUGGGACAUGUAACAUGCUGUCUGUAUUUUGGCAGUUCACGGGAGAGAUUGGCUUUGUUAAAGUCCCCAAGAAUGAUUAAAACAGAGUCCGGGUGUUGUUGUUCUGUGUCUGUGAUCUGAUCAGUGAGUUUCUGUAAAGCUGAGCUCACAUGCGCUUGUGGAGUGAUGUAAACACUGACCAGAAUGAACGAAUGAAACUCCUGUGGUGAAUAGAAUGGCUUGAAGUUGACAAACAGCAUUUCUAGAUCAGGACACCACAUCUUCUUUAACACAGUUACAUCUGUAUACCAGCGUUCAUUAAUGUUAAAGCAUGUCCCGCCGCCGCGUGAUUUCCUUGUUGAUUCUGCGUUGAGAUCUGCUCCAAACAGCUGAUAGUCCAGCAGAUGGAGCACGCUGUCUGAUAUGGCGUCAUUCAGCCAGGUUUCCAUGAAACCUGAAUUCCCAUGAAACACAGAGCAGCAGAGUGUGAGAAAUCCUUAUUUGUCCAAAUAUGCAAGAAGGAGUUAGUUUGUUUUGUUGGGUAGAGAGCGGAGAUUUGCCACAUGGAUGCUAAGCAACGGCGUUCGAAAUCCGCGUUCGUGUCUGGCAAGCGCUCCCGCUCGCUUCCCCCGUCUGCGCGUCCUGAAGCGUUUGAUCAGCGCCGCUGCACCUCCGAUAACAACGUUCAGUAAAACGUCUGAAUAAUUAUAAUCCACUAAAAGAUCUUGUGGUGUGUUCUUGCGAAUGUUCAGCAGUUCUUCCAUGGUGAAACUGAUCGUGUUUCUUUAACAAAAAACAGGAAAAAAAUUACAAAAACAUUACAAACACUGGAGAGCCAAGCACUGAAGCAGCUGUGUGAGGCGACAUGGACUGAUCAAUAUAGUGUUAUAGAUUUACACACUGCAGCCGUUGUUCUCUUGAAUCUGAGUGAGUUAGACACAAUACCAUUGGGUCAUGUUAUAUGUUCUGUUUCAUGAUUGAUUAAUGGAAGAAAAGACAAGACAAGAUUCACAAAACAAAAUUAAUCAUAUGUACAUUCACUAAAAGGUCUGUUCAACACAAUAAAAAAAAAACGAUUUACAUAACCUAGAUAUACCUCAUUUACCCUGAGAUUACAUUCUGCGUUCCACACCACUUUUAGACACGCGCUCCCAAACUUCCCCAAGCACUUCCCCUCGGGGGAAUCCCACGGCCAUACUGAAGUGUGUCUGGAUAAGGGAAGUUUAUCCCUCGACCCCUCGAUUCUGACCGAGGGAUCAAGUCUGCUUCAUUUGCACAGUUCUACCUCUCCACAGAACACGAUGCAACACAGUUAUUAUUGUCAGUGUUUUUACAGAUAAAUAUACAUUUGUAUGUAAUCUAGAAAUCAUAGGUUUGGUCUAAAGAACAGUGUUUUAUGGCAAUAGCAUUUGUUAAGAGUUGUAGUAUUUUAUGGAGCAAGAUGUUGCUUCAUUUCAUGUUUUUAGAGGAUGUUUGUAAGUAAUGGAAAUACGUUUGUGAACAUUUUGUAACAAUAUUUGUAUUUUUGCAUUCCAGUUUGACAAAAAAUAAAUAAAAAGCCUGAACUGUA